AUGGCCUAUAACCGCCCCUACGACGAGGAUGCUCUCCCUAGAUUCGCUGAGCCAGAGCCUAAACCAGGACAGUCAAGGACACCUGCCCCGCAGCAGCACCCCCCUCCUCAACAGCACCACGGGCAGCAGCAACAGCAAUAUGCCCCUCAACAGCAGUAUCACCACCAACAGCCUCGAUACGACAAGCCUCUACCUGCUCAACGAGAUGCGCGAUCCCAUUCCCUAGGCCAGGGUGCUUACGGCCAUAUGUCGCCGCCUCCAAACCCUGGUGGUGCUAGGCCACAGGCUCAUAACCGCCCAGCUCCCAACUCACGGCCUCCUCCCUCGCCUGGUAUUGAUGGCAGUGGUUCGGACCCUUCACUUUUGCCCCUUUUCCGCGCUGUAGACAAAGAUGGCACCGGCCACCUUUCCGAGAGGGAACUUUCUGCCGCCCUUGUCAACGGAGACUGGACCGCCUUCGAUCCUCAUACUGUCCGCAUGAUGAUUCGAAUGUUUGACUCCGAUCGAAGUGGCACCAUUGGUUUUGAGGAGUUCUGCGGGCUAUGGUCCUUCUUGGCUUCAUGGAGGACUCUAUUUGACCGAUUCGACGCCGACCGCAGCGGCAACAUCUCUCUAUCCGAGUUCAACAACGCACUUGUCGCCUUCCGAUACCGACUAAGCCCUCAGUUUGUUGAGUUACUCUUCAACACCUAUGAUAAGAGGAAUGAGGGAGUCAUGAGCUUCGAUCUCUUUGUUCAAAGCUGUAUCUCCCUGAAACGCAUGACAGACGUGUUCAAGAAGUAUGACGACGAUCGCGACGGCUAUAUCACCUUGAGCUUUGAGGAUUUCUUGACGGAAAUCCUUAAGCAGCUCAAGUAG